GUUAGACUCAAACAAAUAAACCAAACGAAUAAAGAAAAUCUUCGAAUAACUCACCAACCGCCAAAAUGAAGUUCCUCCCUCUCGCAGUCGCCCUCUUCGCAACUCUCACCGUCGCCGCGCCCUCCUCCCCAAGCGACAUCCAAGCCCGCUCAUGUGUCUGCAAGAAAGUCGGCGACGACUGGAUCUGCACCGGCACCAAGUGCUACGACAAAGUGAAGCGCGACCUCGUCCCUCGCCAGUGCUCAUGCCACAAGAUCGGCGACGAGUGGCUCUGCGGCGGCCCCAAGUGUCCCCGCGACCUUCCCGAGGAGAACAAGCUUGCGAAGAGACAGUGUUCGUGCCACAAGGUUGGCGACGAGUGGUUGUGCGGUGGUCCCAAGUGCCCGAGAAGUUUGCCCGCUGAGGAGAGUGGACUAGAGAAGAGGCAGUGUUCUUACCCAUUCAUUAUCGCCAAGCGGGAAGCAUCCGGUCGAUCAUCAGUUAAAUCCACCUAUGCGAGAUUGGUGUCUUGGCAGGAACUGGUUGAGAGGGUAAUCACGGAUAGCGCCGUAUGA